GGGGAACGGGAGAUGAUUGUAUUUAUUAGCUACCUGUGCGUCGGAUUAUCCGUGUACGCGGUCGAUGGACAGUCGCCUAAUCGUAAUCAGGAUGAGUGGUAUAAAGAGCAAUGGCCGACACAGCCGUACGCUUUCGGAUACGAGAUCCGCGACUAUAGCGGUAACGAACAGUACCGGAAAGAGAUGUCGGAUGGCGAGCGAGUGACCGGUAGCUACGGCUACUUAGGCCCGGACGGCCUGUACCGGCACGUGGAGUACGUGGCCGACGAGAAUGGAUUCCGGGCUAAAAUCAGGACCUCAGAGCCGGGAACCGCUAACGACAACCCGUCCAACGUUCAGAUCGAGUCCAACCCCAUUCCAGUCCCGUCUAACCCGACGCCAAGCGCUGGCGGUCCGCCACCACAGCCUUAUAAUCCCGGCAGCGGUGGCAGCUUUAGGCGGACAGACAUACCUCGACCUCAGGGUACGCCCGCGAGCGGUGGUAAUCCCGACCGAAGUACGUAUGGCACGAGACAAUUGGAUCCAUUGCCACCGCGAAGACCUGAUCCCAGUCGUGGCGGUAAUCCUAACCCAUCGCCGGAUGUGCUCAGAGAUAGGGUUAACACGAAUAGGGGGUCAGACGUGUCGGGCGCUGGAAAUCCUAACUAUAACGACCCGAAUAUAAGGGGCGACAAUAGAGGUGGUGGACGGGUGGGUGCCGAUAGAGUGCCCUACGCUGACAUACCCGACAAUAUAGUGCCGUACAGAGGGGCUAACCCUAAAAAGCCGGUCAUCAAGGACUCGGUGACCCCAUUGAAUGAAUUUGUUGACCAAAGUUUGCCAAAGUUUGGCUCAAAUCCCGAUUAUAACGACCCGAGAAAUCCGAGUUACAGUCGGAACGAAGGGGUGAACCCUAGGCUACCGGAUCCGCAGGCGUUUGUCGACCCGACUGACCCGCCAUACGAUCGACAGUACGACAGGCGCGAGGGCAGGGGUCGUAACCCGCAGUUUGAUGACAAUCGGGACCCGCCUAUAGGGGGCUACGAAGUGACCACCAAAGGGGGUGCGCCUAAAGGGCCGCAAAAAACUUUUGGUUUCAUUGAAGCGACAAAAGGUCCCAUAACUCCGAUAAAACCUAUUAAUAGGUUCUUUGACGGGAAGCGACCUCAGGGUGUCUUCUACGACGACAAUGAGGAUCGUUAUGACCAACACAUCAACCGGCGCGUGGAUGACGACCAGAGGGUGUCUGUGGUGAACAAACCGGUCUUCGAGGGCGUAGACACCCCUCGCAAAGUAGGCGUAUUCGUGAGGAAUAGGUAUAACGCGACGGCGCCCGACGUUAAAGGUGUCAAACACGUAGGAGCGCCGACACCUCCGCCGAUUAGGGACUCGUUUAACAGGUCACUGAACGGCACGUCCUAUGAGGCGAAUCAGGACAGACGUGACAAAGGCUAUGACAAUAGCCGGCGCCGACCUACUAAGGUGUUUGUCACCAGUGGUCCCAUUAGUGGUGGCUUUGGUGGUGACAAUAGAGCUCCAGUUCCUCCCAUUAAGGGCAGCGACAGACCAUUUGGUGCCAUCGAUGCCCAACAGAGACAACAACACAUUGAUGUCGAUUACGACGACAAUAAGGGGAUCAGCGAUGAUGGCAGAGAUGGUCAACAGAUAUCACCGUUGGAUGGCAUCAAAGGCCGGGUAGAUAGGGAUCGACCUCAACCUCCACCGCGAGAGCUGAUGGGCAUUCAGAUACCGCCGCAGGCGCUGGAUAUCAGGCCUUAUUAUGGCGCUCGACAUCAGGGACAGGGAGCUCGCAAUCGGAGUCAAGAAACAGUACCUCAACAGAGACCGCAGAUUACGGCCAGACCUGUGCCACCAUAUGAUCCCCGCUUUGAACAGCAAAACAUACAGACGUCCGAUGAGGACAUCCCGGACCACCAGCAACGCGAUGACGAGUACCCCAUAGAUCAGCAACAGAUCCGGCCAUUGGGUCCCCAACUGUACCAACCGUUGAGACCUAAUGGUCGACCCGAUCGACAGCCAUCGCCACCACCGCCUCGACGACAGGACAGGCCCUAUAAGCCGAGGACUCAGGACAGGGGUGGGGACAGGGGUUUCGUGGAGCAGCAGCACGUGGAGGUGCAGCCAUACCAGACCCAGAGCUCGGCCACCAUCAGCUCACCGGUCAAUACAAUCGCAAACGUGUAUAAACCCAUCGAUAGUCUGGACGAUAAUAAGAGAUCCGAUGGCGUCGAUGGGAAAGACAGGCCUAACCUAAACACGCCGUUAUCUCCGUCAUCCUAUGUGGUCACACCAUUCCCUGUCAAUCAAAGUAUUGUACAGAUUAAGCCGAUCCUAGACAACAGGCCGGACACAUACACAGUGGCCCCGGAGGUGACACAAAUGGAAAUCCCGAAAUUCGGGACCAGAAUCCGCAUACCCGGCCACUCGCUGGAGGAGGUGUACGAACCGGGCGAGGAGUUUGUGGACCAACACAACGCCGCCGACCCCCAGAAUCAGGACUAUCACCAGAAUAGCGACCAAAACGUCGACAAUCCUAACGAUUAUAGCGAUGAUAACGGCAAUAAUGUUCACGAAGAGAGUCCAGCCCUGCCUCCCAUCCCUCCCAUUGAUAAUCCUAUGGCUCAGCCACUGAUCUACGAGAAUAUAGACGGCGAUCAGUACUACUACGACGACAAUGAGGGUCAGCCGCCGGCCCAGGAUGUCGAGGAUAAUCCCGAGAAGUCCAUAGACUCCAAGAGUUUGGUUUACACGCAGACCAUAUCCCAGUCGCAUAGGAGCGACCAGAAAGUAGACAUCAGCUCCCAAUCAAACUCCAGUUCCCCCAUAGAGAUCACACACAAAGUGAUGAAUGUGUUGAAUUGGCACAAGUAUGAUAAGACGGAAGGCACCGACAUUUUGGUCACAUUUUCGGUGACAUUCGCCCAAAACUGGAACGACAUUAUUCAAUACAAUCAACCGAAACGAUCGCAAACCAACUGCAGAUUUCCUCUAUUCUCGUGCCGUUUGUUCAAUAAGUUUCGCUCGACUAAGAGGCAAACGGGCUUUCAAAGCGCCGGACAAUCGCCAAAUCCUGCCUAUUCUUACGACCAGUUAAGCCAAUCAUCGUCGGCCUACCCGUCCUAUGCCGUACCGGUAUAUUCCGGGCCGUCCUACUCGCCAAACUACCAGAACUUCGGCUCGAACUACCAGCCCAUGGGAUACCAGGGUCAGGCGGGCGGCGACUACGCCAUGGCAUCGGCGCCUACCGCUCAAUACGCCUCCUACGACGCCCAGCCACCACCCACUGGCUACACGGCUCAGCCCUACGGCCAGUCGCCCAACACCAUAGACGUGCACCAAGUGUUGGAUCAGUUCAUUAGGUCGGCCGGCCUUAGCCCGCAGGGAGACCACGAGGCCGAGGCCUCCCACGCCUCCUCGUUCGCCAAAGCGGGCACUUCACCAGUACUGGUGUUCAAAAAGCUACUGUCCUUUCCCUUCUACUUGCACACCGACCCCAAUGUGGUCGACAUAUACGGCAAAGGAUGGAAGUAA